AUGGUUGGAGGUGGCGAAGUGGCUCUCUUCUCUGUGUGGGACUAUGUGGUGUUCGCCGGCAUCGUGGUGGGGGCUGCCGGCAUCGGCCUGUUCCAGGCCAUCCGCAGCCGCAAGGACUCCAGCAGUGACGAGUUCCUCCUGGGUGGGAGGCAGAUGACGGCCGUGCCCGUGGCCAUGUCCCUCACGGCCAGCUUCAUGUCCGGCAUCACCGUGAUCGGCACGCCGGCCGAGGCCUACCGGUUCGGCACGGGCUUCUGGCUGUUUGCUUUCGCCUAUGCCAUCAUGUCCACGGUCAGCGCAGAGGUGUUUGUGCCACUGUUUUAUCGCCUAGGCAUCACCAGCACUUACGAGUAUCUUGAGAUGCGCUUCAAUAAACCACUAAGAGUGAUCGGAACCAGCAUGUACAUCAUUCAAACAGCUCUGUACACCGGCAUGGUGAUCUAUGCUCCAGCGCUCGCUCUAAAUCAAAUUACCGGCCUGGACCUGUGGGGAGUCCUGGUAGCCACAGGGGUGGUGUGCAUCAUCUACUGCACCUUGGGGGGUCUGAAGGCUGUGAUCUGGACAGACGUCUUCCAGAUGGUCAUCAUGCUGGCUGGCUUUGUGGCCGUGAUCGCCAGGGCAGCGGUGCUUCAGGGCGGCCUUGGAAAGAUCUGGAAGGACGCAGAGGAAGGAGGAAGACUUGACCCUUUUGACUUCAACCCUGACCCUCUGCAGAGGCACUCCUUCUGGACGGUGGUGGUGGGGGGCAGCCUGAUGUGGAUCUCCAUCUACUCCAUAAACCAGUCACAGGUGCAGCGCUACAUCUCCUGUCGCACCAUGACCCAGGCCAAGCUGUCUUUGUAUGUGAACAUGAUAGGACUGUGGGUGACCGUGUCGCUGGCUAUGCUCUCUGGCCUGGCAAUGUUCUCCAUUUACAAGGACUGUGACCCCCUGACCAAUGGUGAUGUGGACAACAGUGAUCAGCUCUUGCCAUACUUGGUGAUGGACAUAUUGGGAGAGUUCCCAGGCGUCCCGGGUCUGUUUGUCGCGGCAGCCUACAGUGGGACUCUGAGUACAGUGUCAUCCAGCAUCAAUGCCCUGGUUGCUGUGACAGUGGAAGACUUUGUCAAGCCACUGAUGCCGAACUUGACAGAGAAACAGCUCUCUUGGAUGAACAUGGGGCUAAGUGUGUUCUUUGGUGGUGUGUGCAUUGGAAUGGCAGCAGUUGCUUCACUCAUGGGCAGCAUACUGCAGGCUGCACUGUCCAUAUUUGGAAUGAUAAGCGGACCACUUCUUGGACUGUAUCUUCUUGGCAUGUUCUUCCGUUGUGCCAAUUCAAUGGGAGGGCUGGCUGGGCUUGUUAGCGGCUUGGCCAUCACUCUGUGGGUGGGCAUUGGAGCGCAGAUCUACCCUCCUGGACCCGACAAAACACACCCACUGGACCUCAGCAUAGAGGGCUGCCUUGCAAACUUCACCACAGUGAGCCCGUGGACGACUGUGCCAUCACUCAACACUCCAGAGCCAAGGCCACCCCUGGCAGACAGCUGGUAUUCUCUGUCCUAUCUGUAUUUCUGUCCACUUGGCACCAUAAUCACCAUGGUGGUUGGCCUGUUAGUCAGCUUCGCCACAGGUGGAUGCAAGCAACAAAAGACUCGCCCAGAGCUCUUCAUCAGCACCAAUGACCUAUUCUGCUUCACCUGCUGCUCCAGUAAACCCACUGAGACUCCUGAACUUGUGGAGAAGGUACACUCCAAUGGCAAGCAGGGCAUCGACAACCCAGAGUUCAGUGGGAUGGAGCUGGACACCAAAGAGAAGGACUUGGACAAGAUUACACGAUUCUGAAGGGAAUGACCACCAACUGUCAUGCUGCUAAAGGCCAAAGAAACACCUCAUUCAGAAACUCAAACGAUCUGAUGUAUUCAAGAUAGAUGCAGUCCAUGAGCUGCCAUCUUUGAGUUAUUUUGCAUUCAAAGGACCCACCCUGGUCCUACCGUGGCUCUCACGGUAGGGCACUGGGCUGCUACACUGGCGACCUGGUUUCGAUUCCAGCCCGGCCGGGUCCUAUGCCAAUCCUUCCCCACCAUCUCUCGUAAAAUAAAGUCAUAAAAGACUAAAAAUGAAUAAAAUAAAUAAAUAAAAAAGGUCUCACCCUGACAUCAUCCGGCUCUAAUGCUGACUCGCUGGCCCAUCGUUUUAUCCGCCUGCAAAUGUCGGCACUCAGCCCAAUAUUUGUGGCCCCAAUCCCCCAGCCUAGGAAGUCCUGUGGCGCCUUGAUCAUGAACAUGAUCAUGAAAUAGUAUAUAGUAAUAGUGAUAGCCAGGCAACCCCCCGUCUGGCCCCUGACCUGAUCUCAGAGCACUUUCUCUCGACUGAGUGCGGGACUGGCACCAGAGUCACAUCAUCUGAAAUGAGCUAUUUAUACAAAAUCAUACCAACGUGUUUUGGCCUACAGGGCCUUCUUUAGGGCAUACAUAGGCAGAAAGGCAUUGCCAUGUUUUUGUAGACAAACAAGUUAUUUUGUAAGUCUUGAGAGCUUUGGGUCUUGCUUACUCUAUGAUCUGGAAUCUCCACUCUAAAGAGCACCGGGACAAAUAUGUAGACCUACGCAGCACUCAAAAAUAUAUAUUUUUCCCCUCCCACGGGAACUGACUCCUGCUCUCAUUGUCCCAGUCUGUCACGCUAAGCGUGUCAGUUAAUUAUUGCCCACACAUAAUACAUUCCUGUAAAUGAAACCUGACUGCACUGUACUUUGUCUUCAGGGGCGUUAUACACUGUACCUUGAUAAUGAGAUGCACAGAGGAGGUGCUAUUUGCUUCUGUGUCAUUUUUGUUCAUGUUUGUUGUUGUAAAUUUGUUAUAAUUUUUUAUGACUUUAAUUUCAUUCUCAUGU